UUUAAAAAUGGAUGCUUCAAAUACAAUUACGGAAAAGGAAUGUAGCAAACUGGUCGAUCAAGUCUUGAAAGAAGAUAACAUUAUUCCAUCAAAAGAAUCUACAAAUCAAGAGAAGCAAAAAAAUGGGGAUAAUGACAUUAUUCAAGAAUUUGACGAAGCUAAUCUUGACAAGCCUGAAUUAGCCAAAGAAACGAUCGAUCGCGACAAAGUAAUUGAGAAGGAGGGCGAUGAUGGCGAUAAGAGCAAUGAAGAUAAAGUUGCUGAAGAUGAGGAAGAUGUUGACAUGGAUGAAGAAAGAAGAAAGCAAAUCGAACUAGAUGGGCUGCUAUCUAAAGCUUUGGCUGAAGGAGAAGAAGAAGAGGAAGAGGAGGAGGAGGAAGCAGAAUACGAAAUAGAAAAAAUCAUUGGACACAAGAUAUUCAAGGGAAAAGUUGUUCAAUACGAAAUCAAGUGGAAGGGUUAUCCUGAAGAAGAAAACACGCUUGAAAAGGCCAACACGAUUCACAAUGACGUGUUUGAUCUCUGCAAGCAGUAUUGGGACAGCCUGGGUGUGAAGAGACCUCCAAAUGCACCAGGUUAUGAAAGAGAGGGCGAAAAGGAGGAAAAAAAGAAGGUCAAAUCAAAAAAAACAGAUUUGAAUGGAGAGAGCACGGUAUUAGGUAAACGGCAUCGAUCUAUCAGCUUGGAUGAAGAAGAAAAGAAUGACUUGGAUCCCAGGCAUGUCCCUCGAUGCAUGCAUGAGAAAGGAUAUCGCUUCCCUACUUCUUAUCCUAAUGAGAAUACACGGUGGGGUGAAGAAAUGAAGAACAUUUCAGCUGUUCAGCUCUCUCCUAUAGACAAAUCUAUUAUGCUGACUUAUGUCGAUUGGAAAAAUGGUGAAAAGACUAUCCAUUCGAUGAAGGAAAUUCAUGAAAAAUGCCCGGAAAGCUUGAUUAAUUAUUAUGAAGCAAGAUUAAGGUUUGUUUAGAUGGCGAAUCAAAGUUUUAAACCAUUAAUAAAAAAAAAGAAAUAAUUUGGC